CUUGUGUAAAAUGUCUGAGUUAGAUAAAUCGACAAGACAACCAUUUGUCAGGACUGAUGGUAUCCCACAGACUACAAGCUAUUCGAUCAUUAUUCCACCUAAUAGGGACACUAAUGGGUUUUUCAGAAAGGCCUAUCAUCACGAAUAUUGCAAAGAAUAUAUUUCAGAAGUAGAGUUCAAUGAUAUAAUUGAUAAUGUUUGCAAGCUAGCCUCUCUCGCUUAUUCAAAGAAAAGACAAAAUGACAACCGCCAGCUUUCCCCUAAGGUGGUAUUCGUAUUUUGGAUUUGAACUAUUUCAGUAAUAUGCUUCUGUUUUCUCUCUUAUUACGCAGCAAUCGACAAAUCAAAUUUUUUGAGAAUUCUAUCAAUAGCAAUGUUGUGUGUGUCGACAGCAAUGUUUUCAUUGAUAACCUUGUCAAUAAUCUUUGCUAAAAUUCCAGAAUUUCCGACUCUUUCGAUACUGGUAAAGCAGAGAAUUGAUAAUUACUUCAACAACAUUAACCAGCUCUACACCAACAAGGGUAUCUGGUGGAGAAUUGAUGCUAAGUAUUUGUACAUUGAGAUGGUCAUUGACGAGAAGAUACCUCCUGAGUUGAAGGACAGCAAAUACCAACUCCCUGAAAAUUCUCUCAAUGCCUCAAAGACUGAGAUUAAAAAGAAGAAAACUAAAGUUGAAAAGAUGACUCCUAAAGAAACAGUCAGAUCUAAAACCUCUAAUAAAGUGCAUCCCAUUGAUAUUUCCGCAAUGAAAAAGAGCAAUCUAGCAGAAAAGUUGGAUGAUGAUUAUGCUGAGAGUAUGACAUUGAAGAGUCAGCCUAUGAGGCCUCAGAAUUUCAACUUCAGAGGAGGAGGAGAGAAGCCUUCCCAUAAUAAUACUGUAUUUGAUCCUUUCAAUAAGGGAGACCCCUCAAAAACAUCGAAGAGAAUUAAUAAAGGCCAGGAAGAUGAAGUCAAAAGAUUAAAUGAGGAUAGAAAAGAGAGGAUAAAUUUUGAAGCUAACAAUCAGUUCCAAUCCGAGAAUCCAAUGGAAUCUAUAAAGCAAGAUGCAAGCUUUGAUGACUCAAAACACAAGAGAAUGGAGUCUCCUGAAAGUAGGCUACACAAAACACCUCAAGAUGCAUUUCCAAACAGCCCCGAUGAUGGGAAUGAGAAUUAUCAAAAAGAAGAUUCUAUGAAUAUGGAUGAAGUCAGUUACUUGGAGAACAGGAAAGAAUCAAAUAAGGAUUUAUGGUAAUUAAAAGUCGGUAAUUAGUAUUAUUGGCUCCUCGUAGGCACUACUAUAUUUGAAACAUCAAUCAUGGUGGCCUGGCAAAGUGACUAAUGUCAAUAAUUGCUUCAUAAAAAGUGAAUUCAUAUUUGUGCACAUUAGAGGUUUUACCUCUAUAUCCCUUCUCAGUUGAAUUGCUAACAUCUCUCUUCAUAACAAUUUGAGCUGCCUAAUAUAAACUUAAUUUAACCUAAAAAGAUAAAUCCUUUGACAAA